CCGUCCUCUGACUUGUUGUUCUGCCCAAGAGAGGAGGGAGAAAGAGGGAGGAGAUGCUCCUUGUCGGAGAGAGAGAGAGAGAGAGAGAGAGAGAGAGAGAGAGAGAGAGCAAGAGCGCGCAGCCAACCAACGGGUGAAGUGCGCCUGCUCUGUCGCCGUCGCCGCCGUUUCAGAGGAGAAGUGCCGGUUUUAUUCAGCAGCUGAAUGAGGGACGGAACGGAGGGAAGGAUGAACAGACAGAUGAGAACAGGAUAAGUGAAUGAAUGAACGGAUCCCGACUUGGACAUCUUUCAGAGCACAGAACCGCCACACACAUGAGGAGAACAACCGCAGAUGUCCACAGCGUCACGUGUUGAACAUCACUUCAAGGAUUUGGCCGUUCCACUCCACACGGGCCGAGUAGAAACCAGUAGAGUCCAGUGAAGGACCUGCAGCAGCAGCAGCAGCAGCAGCAGCAGCGGAAAUGGCUCCAGCAGCCAUGUCCCUGCCUCCAUCCUCGCUCACCUCUCGCCCCCACUUCCGCCUCUCUUCAUCCCUCUUCUUCUUCUUCUCCUGCUUUCUCCUCCUAUCAUGUCCUGGAUCCGUCCGUGCAGGUGCGCCUGAGAGCAACUGCUCGGCUAGUGGAGACCCGUGUCAGGAAGGAGUGGUACUGCCCGUGUGGAACCCUCAGAACCCCUCCGUGGGGGACAAAGUGGCGAGGGCCAUUGUGUACUUUGUGGCCCUCAUCUACAUGUUUCUGGGCAUGAGCAUUAUAGCCGAUCGUUUUAUGUCGUCUAUAGAGGUCAUAACUUCCCAGGAGAAGGAAAUCACAAUAAAGAGGCCGAAUGGUGAGACCACCACGGCCACGGUCAGGAUCUGGAAUGAGACUGUUUCUAAUCUCACUCUAAUGGCCUUAGGUUCCAGUGCCCCUGAGAUCCUGCUGUCUGUUAUUGAGGUGUGUGGCCACAAUUUCGAGGCCGGCUCUCUGGGUCCCAGCACAAUCGUGGGCAGCGCUGCCUUCAACAUGUUUGUCAUCAUCGCCCUGUGUGUGUACGUCGUUCCCGAUGGUGAGACGCGCAAAAUCAAACACCUUCGAGUGUUUUUCGUCACAGCGGCUUGGAGUAUCUUCGCCUACAUUUGGCUGUACCUGAUUCUGAGUGUCUUCUCCCCUGGAGAGGUGGAGGUAUGGGAGGCGGUCCUGACCUUCCUCUUCUUCCCCCUCUGCGUGGUCCAGGCCUGGGUGGCCGACCGCCGCCUCCUCUUUUACAAAUACGUCCGCAAGCGCUACCGUGCCGACAAGCACCGGGGCAUCAUCAUCGAGACUGAGGGAGUGGCGGAUGGAGGGCUAGGAGGUAUCGAUGGAGGAGGCGGAGGAGCCCUCGGUCCGGGGGGUUUCACCAAGAUGGACAUGCUCGAGCUCGACGGGCAGAUGGCGUUGAACUGUCACAGCGGGCUGGACGGAGGGUUGAUGGAGGAGGGAGGAGCCAAGGAUGAAGAGGAUGAGGCCAGAAGGGAUAUGGCGAGGACACUGAAGGACCUAAAGCAGAGGCACCCGGAUAAAGACAUGGAGCAACUGAUUGAGAUGGCUAACUAUCAGGUCUUGAUGCAGCAGCAGAAGAGCAGAGCCUUCUACCGUAUCCAGGCAACCAGGAUGAUGAUCGGAGCUGGAAACAUUCUCAAGAAGCACGCUGCUGACCAGGCUCGCAAGGUGGUGAGCAGCCAUGAGACCCAGGCCCAAGAGGACGACCCUCACACCAUCAGGAUGGACUUUGAACCCCCUUUGUACCAGUGCUUUGAGAACUGUGGCUCCUUGAAACUGACUGUUGCCAGACAUGGAGGAGACCCCGGAGUUACUGUCAAAGUGGAUUAUCGCACAGAGGACGGUACAGCGAACGCAGGUUCGGAUUACGAGUUUGCCGAGGGAACGCUGGUUUUUAAGCCCGGAGAGACCCUCAAAGAGAUCACGGUCGGAGUGAUUGACGACGACAUCUUUGAGGAGGAUGAGUAUUUCUACGUCCACCUGAGUAACCCUCGGGUGGUUGGUUACCCGGAAAUUGGCACCGCCCCGUCGGAUGCCAGCGUCACCCCGAAGGCGGUGCUGGGUGACAACCACACAGCCACCGUGACCAUCUACGAUGACGACCACGCAGGUAUCUUCACCUUUGAGACUGCCAGUCAGAGGGUGAGUGAGAGCGUAGGCGUGAUGGAGGUGAAGGUGCUGAGGACGUCGGGCGCUCGCGGCCUUGUAGCUGUCCCUUACAGAACUGUGGACGGCACUGCUAGAGGAGGAGAUGACUACGAACUGGCCGCUGGCAAGCUUGAGUUUCAGAAUGACGAGACCAUGAAGAUCAUCGAGGUGAAGAUCAUCGAUGACGAGGAGUAUGAGAAGAACAAGGCCUUCACCAUCGAGCUGGGAGAGCCCGUUCUGUUGGAGAUUGGGCAGAAACAUGGCGACUCCAACGAAAACAAGCCAGUGGUUGGAGCAGAGGAGGAAGAGGUGGCCAAGAUGGGCUGUCCCAGUCUGGGCGAACACACACAAGUAGAGGUGGUCAUAGAAGAGUCCUAUGAGUUUAAGAGAGCAGUAAAUGAGCUUCUUUGGCGUUCUGACAAGAGUACGGUGGAUAAGUUGAUCAAGAAGACGAACCUGGCCUUGGUGGUUGGAAGCAGCAGCUGGAGAGAACAAUUCGUCAAUGCUGUUACUGUCAGUGCAGGAGACGACGAUGAGGAGGAGAGCGGCGAGGAGAGGCUGCCGUCCUGCUUCGACUACAUUAUGCACUUCCUCACCGUGUUCUGGAAGGUUCUGUUCGCCUUCGUCCCGCCCACGGAGUACUGGAACGGCUGGGCCUGCUUCAUCGUCUCCAUAUCGCUCAUCGGAGUCCUCACGGCCGUCACCGGAGAUCUGGCCUCACACUUCGGCUGCACGAUAGGACUGAAGGACUCGGUGACAGCUGUGGUGUUUGUCGCCCUGGGGACUUCAGUGCCAGACACAUUCGCCAGCAAGGUUGCUGCUAUCCAGGACCAAUACGCCGACGCCUCCAUCGGAAACGUGACCGGCUCCAACGCCGUGAACGUGUUCCUCGGCAUCGGGGUGGCCUGGACCAUCGCUGCUGUCGUCUGGCGCUCCAAGGGCAUGCCGUUCAAGGUGGACCCGGGUAAUCUGGCCUUCUCCGUCACCCUCUUCACCAUCCUGGCCGUCGUGUGCGUGCUCACGCUGCUGUAUCGGCGGCGGGCGACGGUGGCCGGCGGCGAGCUCGGCGGGCCGCGGACUUGCAAGAUGAUCACGUCGAUGAUGUUCAUCUCCCUGUGGCUGCUUUACAUCCUGCUGGCUUCGCUGGAGGCCUACUGCCACCUGCCAGUGUUUUAAAAGGAAAGAGGAGCGGGGAGGGGCGAGAGACACUGCCAACAGGAAGAAAAAGAGAGAGAGGGAUGGAGUGUUCAAAGACGAGAGGAGGAAACACAGAAGUGCAAAGUGGAGGGAAAUGGGCAGAUUCUUAUAUUUAAACAGAGUCUGCAUAUCUUUCAUUUCCUUCUUGUAACAAAUGUCUCAGACGAGCAUUUAUUUAUUUUUUCUGAAACAGAGCCUUUACCAUAUGAAAAUCUAUCAAUCUCUAACUAUAUGUAAAGUUAACUUUAUCCAGUGAUGAGGAAGAAGAAAAAGAGAGUCUACAUGAAGAAUUCAUGAACAUAAAGCUGGGAAGAUAAAAUUGCAAAGCAGGUUUUUUUUUUUAAGAGUGCUUUUAUGUAGUUCCAGUUUACUGCCAAACAUCUAGGAUAGGAGACAGCAAGGAGAGCUGUUAGCCAAUCAGCAGACCUCUGAACGUGUGAACAAAGGGAAAAGGGGGUUAAAGGUUAAAAAGUUGAAAAGUUGAGAGAGGAAGUUGGAGGCAACAAACUUUGAGAAAGUCUGCAUACAGUAAAGUCAUCGAGUAAAAGAAGAGGAAUAUAUGGGCACCUCCUCACUCACUCACUCUCCCUCUCUCUCUCUCUCUCUCUCACUCUCUCUCUCUGUCUUCACGGAGCGAGGACAUUGGUUUCUCCUAUUCUACCAACUGAACUCUGUAUCAUAACAUCAAAAGACUUUUAACUCAUUUCCCCCAAUUGUACUCACAUAAACGCACACUUUGGGGCCCUCAGGUGAAUCUGCGGAGGACGAACACUCACUAACUUGUGAUCGUGCAGGCGAGAUAAAAACGGACAACCUCUUCGUCUCGAUCUUUUUUUUCUUUCUUCUUCUUCUCUUCUUGAAUACACUGUGCAAAAAUCAUCCUUUCAUCCUACGAGAAGCCGCAAAAACACACACAUCCACCGUCCACUACCUUUCCUCCAAACACUCCACAGACUGUACACACUCCCC